ACUCCCAUUAUGCAGAACAUAAACAAUGUGACUGAAUUUAUCCUCCUUGGUCUCACCCAAAAUGAUGAACUGCAGAAAAUAUGUUUUGUGGUAUUUCUGUUCUUCUAUCUGGUCAUUGUGCUGGGAAAUCUCCUGAUUGUUGCUACUGUCAUCUUUAGCCCCCGUUUGAAUUCUCCCAUGUAUUUUUUCCUCAGUUACUUAUCUUUUGUAGACAUCUGCUACUCCUCUGUAACAGCUCCAAAAAUGAUAGUUGACUUCCUUGCUGAAAAGAAAACAAUUUCAUUCAUUGGCUGCAUAGCUCAGCUCUUUGGAGUCCAUUUCUUUGGCUGCACCGAGAUCUUCAUCCUCACAGUGAUGGCCUAUGACCGAUAUAUUGCAAUUUGUAAACCACUCCACUAUACCACCAUUAUGACCAAGCGGGUAUGUGGGCAAAUGGUGGCAGCCUCAUGGUUUGGAGGGUUUAUGCACUCAUUGGUGCAAACUGUUAUGACCACACGUCUUCCAUUUUGUGGGCCCAAUGAAAUUGACCAUUAUUUUUGUGAUGUUCACCCAUUACUCCAAUUGGCUUGCACAGAUACAUAUAUUGUUGGCAUCAUAGUGGUUGCCAACAGUGGAAUGAUUGCUCUGAGCUGCUUCCUCAUUUUGGUUGUGUCAUACAUUGUCAUCUUGGUCUUCUUAAGAACUCGCUCUUCUGAAGGACGUCGCAAGGCUCUUUCCACUUGUGCCUCCCAUAUCACAGUGGUCAUUUUAUUUUUUGGUCCAUGCACCUUUACUUAUAUACGCCCUUCCAGCAACUUCUCAGAAGAUAAGACAGUGGCUUUGUUUUACACUGUCAUCACCCCCAUGCUAAACCCAUUGAUCUACACACUAAGAAAUGAGGAGAUGAAGAACGCUAUGAGAAAAUUGUGGAGCAAGAAAAUAUUCUUCUCGAGUGAGAAGACAAAAAUGUGA